AUGGCCAGGCUCAAUACCGCCAACCCCUUGGUCAACAGGACAGCACCUGACAAGGCGUUGGCUAACACCUCGCCCAAAAAGUCGACACUGAGGCAAAGUCCAUCACCAACUUCUGGCAUGUUUGACGACAUGUUGCUGGCCAGUGUAUCGGGUGCCAGCACGAGGCGACCCGCAACGCAAAAUAAGUCGCCGAUGCGCACACAAAGCCAGACGCAAAGACGGACUGCUGCUGGGACCGGAACUUUUGAUAUACUCCCGGAUAGCAAUUCGUUUUGCGAGAGUGAAACGGAAAGCCGGGAAUCACCUAGCACUAAGAAAAAACCGAGAGCAUUGGGAAUCUCCCGUGUCAAUUCAUUGCUCUUAUCACGGCCAGCUAGGCUAGUUCGACCACGACAAAGAGCGUCUAUCAAGUCGGAGAUAGACGAUGACAAGGAGAAUGAUGUGUCAGAUGAAUUUGCGGACGAAUAUCUAGCAGUGAAUCGAUCACCGCCCAGGCAAUCGGCUCUCCAAUCGCCAGUUAGGAGUAGCGCAGCCCAUACAUCUAUGAGCCAGUCUGUGAUUGAUGCUCAAUUUGAGGAAGACCAAUCUGAAGGCGAUAGCUUUGAUUUACUAGACGAUUUCAUUGUUAGUGACGACAAUGAGCCGAGUUAUCAUGAAAUCUCAGAAGACGAGGGCUCAGAAACAGAGGCAGAGAUGAGUCGGUCUCCAUCCCCUGAGCCCUCACCUAGAAAAAGAUUGAUUAGAGGAAGAAGGCCGAUUCCACAGAGAGAAAUAAACAUGGAGGAGGAGAGCUUAUCGAUAGAGGAAGCACCCUCGAUCCCGAAGCAGAAGGAAUCGAGCCCGAGAGAAAUGGCAGGAACGACCCCGAGCCCCGGGUGCGACUCCCCCAUCCUCCAUGCUGUCGCCCCCGAGCCUCGUGCCGGAUCAACAUCUUCUUCCCAAUUCGGCUUUGACAGCUCCACGCAUCUCAUCAACUCACUCCGAGAGCUUGAGCUGGAUAGUGAAGAUGAGGCUCCAUCGCCGACAGCAAGAACUGAGUCAAGGCCACAGUCCUCUGUCGAUUUUUCCUCCCCCCGUGCUAACAGCAAGUCUCACGGCCCCUACAAUCUCACAAUUGAGCCAUUUAUCCCUACUCUGGAAGCCCUGUCACGACUUCCGAACAAAAACCCCUCUCACUUGCUCGAGAUUGAGUCAUUCAACUCUUCUCCGGAAGCCUCGUCACAGCCUCCAAACCGAAACCCCCUCCAUUUCCUCGUCAAUCGCUCUGUCACCCCGAUUGACAAAUCACCUAACAUCAUGCCUAAGGUGAAAUCCACACCGAGAAAGGCCGCCGACAAGCCGCCAAGCAAGACGGCCCUGAAGAAGGCCGAGGCAGCAGCAAGGCGCCAGGCAAAAGACGAGAAGAAGGCAUUUGACCAAAACAAAGAGUUAUUUGCCGAAAUCUUCAUCCGAAUCCUGGAUGAGACCGUCGUCAAUGGGGAGAUUGCCCGCAUGACCCAAGCCACCGGGGGGAUCCAGAUCAAAUGGAACAACCUCCUCCAGAGUACGGCCGGGCGGGCAAGGUUUGGCAUAUCUCCGCCUAAGAGCCCUGGUGCCGACUCAGAAUACUCAGCCCUAAUUGAGCUGAACCCCAAGGUCCUCGACAGUGAGGAUCGGAUCCUGUGCACAGCAACCCAUGAGUACUGUCACCUAGUUGAUGGCCUGAUCUCAAGGCAGAAUGGGCACGGGCCCAGCUUUCACCAAUGGGCGGCUCGCUGCGUCGAAGCCAUGGCUGGUCACCAGGACUACGGCGGCGGCCGCAUUAAAGUGACCACUAGACACAGCUACGAGAUCGACUACAAGUACUCGUGGGUGUGCCAGGCCUGUGGAAAGAAGUACGGGCGGUCCUCGAAGAGCAUCAACCCGGAGGUGCAACGGUGUACCUGUCAGAAUGGCGGGGGCCUGCUGGUGCAGGUGAAGCCCAAGCCAAGGGCGAAGAAGGCCGUGGGAAUUGAGAACAAGGAGAAUGAGAAACCGACCCUGUGA